AGAGCGAGAGAGAGAGAGAGAGAGAGACCGAGUGAGGGCGCGAGAUGCUGACAGAUUCCUGAUAGAUGUGCAAAAUGGCGCAAGCAUGUUCGACCCCCGCGAGCCUCCAAUUGUUGUAGCUCGGAACAUGAAGAGCUAGUUAACUGCUUUCUUUCGUCUCGCUUUGUUUUUUCCAAGCCUCAUAGUAUUUUCUAAGUGCUUAAAUGGCUACCAGAAGGUGCUGCUUACUUUCAUGCUUACUUGGAUUACUCCUGAACGCUUUAGUCGGUGUGACCUCUGGGGCCGAGCUGUCCUUCACCCUGGAGCCCAGUGACAUCAUCGCCGUGCAGGAGCAGCCCCUCAUGCUGCACUGCCAGGUGAACGGCGUCCCGCCCAUCACCACGCAGUGGAGGCGGAACGGCCUCCUCCUGUCGGAGGGCCGCAACCACGCCACGUUCGCCAACGGCUCGCUGCUGAUCGGCCGCUUCCAGCAGACCAAGCCCGACGGCUCCUCGGACGAGGGGGACUACGAGUGCGUGGCCCAGAACUCCUUCGGCCUGGUGGUGAGCCGCAAGGCCCGGGUGCAGGCUGCCAGUAAGUAGGCCCCAGAAUGACCUC